AUGUCUGUUGCUUCAGCUAGUACCUAUAUGCUAAUGUUAUCUUUGUUUCCUUUUCAGAUUAUUGGCUCUGGACGAGGUGUCGGGCGGGAAUUAGCAAUACAGCUAGCACUUCUGGGUGCCAAAAUAAUUUGUGUAGAUAAAAAUGAGUCCAACAAUAAUCACACGGUGUCACAUAUAAAACGUAAAGGUGGUCUUGCACUGGCUUUCAAUAAAGACAUCUCAAAGAAAGAGAACGUUGAUAGCUUAUCUAAAGAAGUGAAAAAGGACGUUGGUUUUGUCAGUAUGAUGUUCUAUUGCUGUGGAAUUCCAAGUCCAAGAGCUUUAAUUACGCAGCCACCGCAAGACAUUCAUGAUACACUAGACCUCACUUUGACAUCCUAUUUAUGGCUCAUAGAAAAUUUUCUACCCCAAAUGAAAGCAAGAAAUCAUGGCCACAUAGUAGCCCUGACGUCUGUAGCUGGACUGAGUCACAUCAAACAUCAAAUGCCGCUCAGUGUGGCACAGUUUGCAGUACAAGGUCUAGCGGAGUCACUCAUGGAGGAUGUUAGGAUAAGCAAAACAGAUGGAGUAUAUGUCACUCUUGUACACAUAUAUCCAUUUAUUGUUGAAGACAACUCCGAUUUAAGACCGAAGAUACCUAGCUAUUUUGGCACGAUAUCACCUGUUAAAGCUGCAGAAUCAAUUCUCGAAAGUGUUCUCCGUAACUAUCCAGAAGCAUCGGUCCCAAAACGUUUAUUAUUUUUGGGUAAAAUUCUACGUAUUUUACCAAGAAAAGCAACAAUGCCUAUUAGAGAUCUUUUGGACACUGGUGUGGACUUUGCAUGAUUUAUUCCAUAUAUUUAAAAAAAAAUCCACAUUGUUACGAUUUUUUUAAAUAUUUUUAACAACUUAAAUUGUUAAUUUAUGGAUGUGAUUGUAAUCCAAAGUUUAGUCUCAUAUCAGAUAGAUUGACUCAAAGGGAAACUAGGAUGCACUUGAUAUCACUGUUAGACAACUAAAUAUGUCAAUUUAGAGUUUUGUUGUAAAAGUCUGCAGUGUGAUAAAUAUUUAUUUUAAAGUCAAUUUUAAUACUGUUUAUUAGAGCGUAUUAAGGUGAUUAUUGACCAAUAUAUAUAUAUAUAUAUAUAUAUAGUUACUAUUUUCUUUAGUUAAGUAAUUUAAUAACAAAAUUAUAUUAAAGAAAAUUU